AUGGCGCAGACGGUACAGAAAGGCAAGCGAAAGCAACCUGUGUACGACCAAGACAGCUCCGAUGAGGCGCCACCCGCCCCAGCCAAGAAGCCACGCACCGGGACAGCACGCAAAAGCACUGGCGGAAACCCCCCGAAAGGCAAUCGUCCUAGCGAUGCAGGGCCAAGCCGUGGGCGUCCAAGCGGCGGUGGUAGUGGCGGAGGAGGAGGCGGCGAAAAGCGCUUUAGACCAGGAACGGUGGCUCUUCGAGAGAUCCGAAAAUACCAGAAGAGCACUGAGCUCCUCAUCCGCAAACUGCCCUUCUCCCGCGUCGUGCGCGAGAUUGCACUGGACAUGAUGACGGACAUGGUGGAUUAUGGUGACAUGGGUCUACGAUGGCAAAGCUCCGCUAUUUUGGCGUUGCAAGAGGCUACGGAAGCAUAUCUGGUGCAUCUAUUUGAGGAUGCGAAUCUUUGCGCAAUUCACGCAAAACGAGUGACACUCAUGCAGAAAGAUAUUCAACUAGCGCGACGUAUACGCGGUCCAUACGGCGGUAUGGCCUGA